AUGUUGGCUAGCAUAGUCCUUGACCAGAACUUUCCGCAUUACACCAACCUGGACUACAUAUCCGGAAGAGUGUUUGUACGGACACCAACAGCGACGACAGUGUCUAGUAUCGUUGUGAAAUUGGAAGGUGAAGCCAGGAGUCGCCUGUUGCCCCCUCCAAAUCCCAGCAAUGAUAGGCAGAAGCCUCAAUUAGAAUUUCACAAGAUUCUUUACAAGACUGUGGAGGUGUUUCCGCCUCCAGAGAUCGCAGGACAACAGAGCACGUCGGGAUCUUUAUCCGGCAAGACUGCAUACACGCUACCAGCUGGCCAGCAUGAAUACCCGUUCAGGUUCAAGUUCCCCUUCAACAAUGCAUGUGACCCCGCGUCAAACUCCAACCCGACGAUAAGUUUGUUCGGAGGACUUAACGUUGAGAUGUACAAAGCUCCCCACAGCCACGUCAAGAAAACCUUACCACCGACAUUGGUAGGGUUUCCUGGCGAAGCCGAGAUUCGUUACUAUGUCAAGGCAACUGUGAACAGACCUAGUCUUUUCAAGGAGAACGCUCGCGCUUACGUGCCUUUUAAUUUCUGUCCCAUCGAACCUCCACGUCCACCACCGUCUGAUGCAUUGGGUUAUGCAAGACGUCGACAUCAAUUCAACACUGACUUGCUUUCCACACCCACCGCAGCGCCUAGCAAAUCGAAGAUGGCAUCUUUCUUUGGUGGCUCGAAGAAGACGGGUGAAUCCGCUUCUGACAGCACGACACCACCAGCUCCAUUUAUAGCCGUCGAUAUACGACUACCAGAACCUGCUAUAUUGACCUGUGCUAAACCGGUACCCGCUCGCGUCAUAGUCACAAGCUUGAACGGCAAGACCACAGCUUUGACACUGGUGUCUCUGCAACUUGAGGUCGUGGCCAUUACCAAGAUCCGUGCGCAAGAUGUAGGCAGGGUGGAACGCAGCAGUACGAUUCUGUUCUCUCGCAGCGGCAUAGCAGUACCACUUUCUUUCGGUGACAGCGCGAUAAUGAAUCCGAACCAGUCUCACAGCAUAGAGACUGAAUCAGAGGCCGAGAUUGACUCUCGACUCUGGGGCGAUACACCCUUACCGAACAUCGUGCCACCCAGUUUUGAGACUUGCAAUAUCACUCGCACCUAUGAGAUCUUCGCACGUAUUGGCAUACGCUAUGAUGGACAUGCAUCAAUGCCUCAAAUAACCACCAUAGAUCUCAGCCUGCCCGUGCAAAUAUUCUCAGGCAUCAGACCACCACCGGAGCUCCUGGAAGCCAUGGCAAGAGCUCAAGCCCAAGGUGCAGGCGAAAGCUCUUCUUCUGCGCCCCCAAUACCGCCGAGACCAAGUUACCCAGCAGACGCCAAAAGCCCAUCAGGAGCACCGCCACUACCGGCUCGUAAGCCAGUCGCCUCUACAGCAGCACCUAUAGACACUAUACAGACUCCAGUGCAGCACGUAGAGCAUUCGGGCGACGAACCACCUUAUGGCGAUGCGCCUCCAAGUUACGAGGACACCAUGGCAACAGAUGUGCAACCCAUGAACGGCAUCCAGAGAGCUGAUUAUGCUCCACCUGUUGUCGCCGAAGACCCCCUGCUGAAUUCUGGUCGAGGAGAAAAGAGUGGUUGGCAUUGA